AUGCCACCAAAGAUGAUCAAGCGGUCCAAGAACUCGCGCUUCCCAGUCGCGCGCAUCAAGAAGAUUAUGCAGAUGGACGAGGAGGUUGGCAAAUUAGCGAGUGCCACUCCUGUCAUGAUCUCAAAAUCGCUCGAGUGUUUCCUCCAGCUGUUGAUAGACGAGACGGCAAAGGAGACUCGUGAGCGCGGCUCGCGCAAGAUGGUCCCAUAUCACCUCAAAGCCAUGAUUGACAAGUCGGACCAGUUCGACUUUCUGCGCGAGCUCGUCGAGAGCAUCCCGGAUCCGCAGGAACCCAAGACGCCAGCGCGCCGCAAGUCGACGGCAGCUGCUGAGGGGUCGGCACGGAAACGCGGUCCUGCCGUGGGACGCGCUCAGAAGAAGGAAGAGGUGCCGGCGCCGGGGUCGUUACCUGCCAUCGGGACGUGGAAGCGCGAGUCCGAGGGUGCCGAGGGGCCUGGCGAGGGCGGGCGCGGCAUGUUUGACGAUCACGAGGACGACAACUAUGACGAUUACUAG